AUCAGUGAAUUUACCUUGGAGUAAUGCGCCCCUUCGACAAUGUACCAUUGCGGAUUCAUGAAAAAAAUUCAUCCAGAAACGCAGUCGACUCGUGUCUGUGACACUAAUUUCGAAUCAGCCUAUAAUUAUGAUAAUGCACGCGUGCGCACGCGAUCAUGCUUAAUAACCACACUUUCACGUCGGUUUACACGUCAAUGAAAGUCUAAAAACUUCAUUAUUAGUUGACUAUCUGAUAAUUAUUAGCAAAGACGAAAAUAUGUCUUGAGACACGGGAAGUUAACGCGUGGAAAUCGUACUUUUUGUUGAAAAUCCUUUCACCCGGCAACUAAACAGCCACCAUAUUUGGAUCACACUAUUAUGUUCUAGGGGUGAUUCUGAAUUUGCAAAGUUUGGGCGUUGAGAAAGUGUUUUCCUUAAAUAAAAUGAAACUUCACACUGAUCCAAUUUAUUUCGUACUUUACAUCUUACACUCAUGUUCCAUAAUUACAUUGCGUUUGGUGAAUUUUUUUCGGUAUAUUUUAAACUGCUUUUGGUUUUACCAGUUCAUUAAUGGAGACUCCCACAACAUCUGCAAACAUUACACACAAGAAAAUCGGCGCCUCUCAAAGAAUGUGAUUUGCGAAGUGAAAUGAACUCUGACACGAUGGUCGGCAAACUAUCGUUUGCACGGCCAUGUAAAGUGGCUAUGUUUUCCAAGUACGUAGAUGGUAGCUCGCGAUGCUUUCAUUGAUGAUACAGGUUACCAGGGAAACCAACGUGUGUAUCGGCAACUAAUGACUAUCUUGAACUUUUGGUAAUUUGCAAUGAAAACACCUGUAAGUCAUAAAUCAUCAUACGUGUACCUACGAAACAGCCUAAUUAAUGGCUCAAUUACUUCAAUCAUUCCAAACCCAUCCCCCGAAAAAAAAUUUCCUGUGGAGGACGUUGCUGUUAAGAACGAAAAACGUUCAGAGGCACAGGGACUAUAAAAAAAAUGGCUUACAGUAAAACGAUGCAAUGCAUUAAUUGCUGAGCUACUUCAGAGCUGGACAUAGUUGGUGUAUCAUCACACCACUGAUAAUAAACUGGGAAGAUUCUCCGAAUCAAAGCAGAAAUCAAAAGAGCAACUUAUGGCUUCACUGACUGACUAGCAUUACAGCACAGCCACUAACAGCAUUCGGGGUGUAACCUGGUAACGUAUGUGCAGCAGAGGAUUCUUGAAAGCAAGAUAAAGAACAACUACUACAUAUACAUGUAUAUCCAUUAUAUGCGAGAUGUUCGAGCAGUUAAGCACAAAAACUUCCACAAGUAUCGACUAGUCUCUGCAGGCAUGUAUUACACAUGUAAAGAACGCGCAGUCAGAACAAUGAGCGAGCUCCUAGUGCAUGUCACACUGUUUCUGGCUUUUAUGGUGCAUAACUGCCGCUGUGAAUGUCCACUUCUAUUCACUCCAAGAUCUUUUCCUGUAGACAAUCAAACAAAUCAAACCUUUCAGGGUUUGGGGUAUUACAUGAAGACCGUGUCUUCUGUGGUGGACUGUGGGCGCGACUGCUCUAUGGACCCUCAAUGUGCAUCAUUCAACUACUAUAACAGCAGCCGCCUUUGUGAACUAAAGAAUACGACAAAAAUCUACAGACUGUGCGCCUCUGUUGAGAGGCCGGAAAGUUUCCACCUCGAUGACAGAUGUAGGAAUAGGUAUGACACUUCUCUUUUGACGGCACCCUACGUCAAGUACACAAGCUGCGAAGGGUUACUGAGAGCUGGAUAUCACUGCAAUGGUAUCUAUACGAUCUAUCCUUCUGGCAUGGCUCAGGGCUUGCAGGUUUAUUGUGACAUGGAGAAUGACGGAGGAGGCUGGACCGUGUUCCAGCGACGUCAAGACGGCUCUGUUGACUUUAACCGUAACUGGGCAAAAUACCAAAUUGGCUUUGGUGAUUUAUGCGGUGAGUUCUGGUUGGGGAAUGAAGCUCUACGCAUCCUGACUGAAUCUGGACAGUGGCAGAUGAGGGUGAACCUCGGAGACUGGGAGGGUAGAACAGCUUGGGCAGAAUACGGUAAGUUUAGUACCUCGGGCCAGAAAUACACACUCCAUGUUGGUUCAUAUAAUAUCUCGAGUACAGCAGGUGACUCGUUAAGCGAACACAAUUCUAAAUAUUUUUCAACAUGGGAUAUGGAUAAUGAUAUAGCUGAUGGAAACUGUGCACUGAUAUUUAAAAGUGCUUGGUGGUUCAACACAUGUUUCAGUUGCAACCUAAAUGGUGAAUACCUGUUCCACCAGCCAACAUCUGAACUGCAGGGCAUACAAUGGAAAUCUUGGAAUCAAAGACCUAAUUAUUCUUUGAAACACAGUGAAAUGAAAAUAAGGGAAUUUCGUCAGCGGCAGUAACAAUUAACACGGUUAAGGACAUCAUGACGUUUACACUAUCAAAAAUUCUUUGACAACUUUGAUGCCCAAUUUUAAGACUGUAACAUCAUUUGGAGGAUGGCAAUCUACACUUAAAGGAAAUCUGGUAAAUGAUGAGCAAAAAUUUAUACAUCAUUUAAAUAUGAAGCCCACAUUUCAUAAGCAAGCAGAUGCAAUGAAAGCAUCAAAUGCAAGAAACUGUGCCCAUGUAAUCAUUAACUACGCAGAUCUUGUGUAAGCCGUUCCCUGACAAAAAUUAUUUAUCUUUCUUGUGUGUGGUCAAAUACCAAGGUCUCCUAUGUUUUCAAAUUAAAGAGAUCCGUCAAAGAUAAUGUUACUUUUGUGAAGAAAUACAGGAGGGCAAAUUCUAUCCACUUUGUAAAAGCUGUUUACCAAUGAAGGCGUAUUUAGAAUUUGUUUCGUUGAUAUGUAAACUCAUAACGUGUUCAUGGCGAGUGCAAAUAUCAGGAUACACUUGCCUAGAAAUACAUGUAGCUUCAACACAGAAAUAAAAUGAAAAAAAAAGACUAUGCAGACUUGUCUCCUGUGUUUCUAGUAUGCAGCAAUUCUAUAUCGCGCAGUACCCCCCUGAGCCAUUUGAAAUAAAAUACAUGUACAUGUAACCCCAUGAUUCACAAAACUGUAGGAUCAUAAAGGUCAUGUUGGAUUUUUUUUCUCAAAUAGCCAACGGCAGUUAGGUUUUAUGUAUACAUGCCAGUGUACAUAAACGCCUAUAUUCAUGUUAACGUCUUCAGUUAUUACAAUGAAUGUACAUGGUUAACAUGACCGAAUUUACUCCAUUUAGAAUGUCAUUAGUCUACGUACAUGUACAUGUAUAUGCAAUGAGUAGAACAAGACAAUUCUAAGGGUAUCUCCACGGCUUGACUGAUGGCAGAGGCAUUUACCACGGCCUUCGUCGUAUCUGAAGCCAAAUUAAACUCUGCAUGUACAUACAUGUACACGUAUAAUUUAACCAUGCUACCAACAUUAAUUAGCAACUUAUUAGCUACAAGCAAAUGGUAAUCUAUCACAGAAAAUUGUUCAGUUAUUAAAACACACUCCAUGUUGGCUCAUACAGUGUCUUGGGAAUUGCAGGUACUGUAACUUGUUGGGAGAUCUCAAUACAUGUAUCUAUAUUUACAGCACAGGAUCAGGAUACAUGUCGUGAUUAUCACAUGUACGAUUACAGUGCACACAUAAUUACACAGUGCAUGGUUCAAAGCAUGCUUUACAUGGAAAUCAUGGCAAAAUUACAGCCCUUAUUCCCCAAAGCACAGCGAGUUGGAACAAAAGGGCACCAACGAGAUACAAUGCCAAUCAGAUUACUGAUGUGCUGAGUACUGAAAAUUUACUUUAUUUUUGGCAAACAAUUGAAACACGCUUUGCUAUUUGAGGAUGCAAUGUUUAUUUGAAGUUUGAUACCCACUAUAGGUCACGUGACUUAGCAGGCGCACUAAGUCUAUUUAAAGGUUUUUCAGAAGUGUUUUAAGCAAAAUUGGGGACUAUAAAUAUGUGGUACUUUGCCUGCAGGUAAGCUGUAAAUUCUAAAGAGAAUGUCAAUCUUGCACAAGUACAUAGGGCACAGAAAUAUUUCAACGAUACUGUAGGCCCUACUGUCUUGGAAAAAAACAUUCUUAAACGAAGAGAUCGUACCGCGCAAGAAAACUAAUCACGUAGACUCCAUUCAAAGGUGUUAAUGGGGAGUUUCAGUUUUAUAUAUUCAGUUAUAAAUGACUUUGUUUUCAAUGAGUGUUUGCGUGUCCUAAUGAGUUUAAAUCUGUCUUUAAGAUGAGAUCUUGGCUCAUCUGAUAAUAUCCAGUAGGUCUCUUAAACUGGUGGUCAGCUCAAGUAUCUGUAUAGAAAUCAUUUUAAAUUGUAUUAAUGUUUUUAUUGUGAUUACAUGUAUUCUAUAGAGUGAUAAUCAGUAAUCAGCCCUGUGUAGUAUUCAGCGGUUUAUAGUGAUUUUUCAUCUGUGUAUAGUCAUCACUGUACAUUGUGUAUACUAAUGAUUGGUAAUAAACUCUGUGUAGUAAUCAUUGUCAAGUUGUAUUUACAUGUACUUGCAUAGUAAAGUGAUAAUUCAUCCCUGUAUAACGAUCAUUGUAAACUGGUAUUCGUCUAUUUAGAGUAAUUUUUGUCUCUGGAAAGCUCCGUGUAGUAUUUAGCCGUAUAUUUCAAAUAUUCAUCUCUGUACAGCUAUCGCUGCAAAGUGUUAUGAAUCUCUUUAGAGUGAUAUCUCAUAUAUGUAAAGUGAUCACUGGUAUUAAGCUCUGUGUUGUGUUCAGACGUGCUAAGUGAGUAUUCAUUAUUGUACAUGUACAGUGAUCAGUGUUAGCAACUUCAGAGUGAUAUUUCAUCUCAAUAGUGUAAUCAUCUCUGCUGAGUUCUGCUUAAUAUUCAGCUGUGCGAGUAUUCGCCCUGUAUAGUUAUUACUGUAAACUACCAUUCAUCAGUGUAAAGCGUUCAAUCGUAUUCAAUCCAGUAGAGUGAACUAGAAUGCAUAGAGUACUCUGUUACGUUAACUGGUAUUCAACUCCGUGCUUCUCUGUUCAUAUAUGUGGUUGUUCAGUUCUUUGUAGUAUUGAGUAAGUUGAUGUAUAGUGAUCAUUCUCUAUAGCAAUAAUGUUGUGAGCUGUUAUUCAACUCCUAGUAAAUGGUAUCCACGUAUAUCUCUUUAUAUAUACAUGUGUAUAGUUAUCAUUGCAAAUUAGCAUUCAACUCCAUGUAGUAUUCAGCUUUGUUAUGUAUAGUGAUCGUCUAUUAUUGUAAAAAGAAAAUUCAUAAAAAACUGUUAUUAACCUCUUUUGUAGAGAUAACUGAUUUCUGCCGGGUGAUCAUUGGUGUCCAGUGCUGCGUACAUUCAAAUUCGUGUAACGGUCAUUCUGUAUAGAAAUUCUUUUUUUUUCUGUAAAUUGAUAUUUGGAUCAAACAUUGUAAACUGGUAUCCAACUUGGUUGUGCAUGCAUUUAGCUCUGUUCUGUGAUAUGAAUGUUUGUACGUGUACAGUGACAGUUCAUAUCUUCAGAGUAAUCAUUCCUCCGUUAGCACGAUCGAGAAUUUGUAUUCAACUUUUUAAAGUGAUCACCGUAAACGUCUUCAACCUUGUGUUGUAAAUUGCACAUCAUGUAUUUUUGCUCCGUAUCGCAGUUUACUGUUGCAAUCAUUCCAAACCAGUAUUUAGCUAGUAAAUUUAUUGCAAACUUUUAGUUGUUGGAAAGUGUAUCACUGUAAAAAAAAUUCCAAUUUGGUUUUAUCUCGUCUACAUAAGUUAUGAUCAUUGUGAAUUGACAUAUUCUCUCCAGACUUG